CCUCAAAUCCUAAUCCCUUUCUCUUAAACCAAAUCCCUUUUUCAUCCUUUGUUCUUUUCUUUUUUAUUCUUUUGACUUCAAUUCUUCCAUUUCACUUCCACUCACAAUUUUCUGAAAUGUCUGGGGCUUGUUCAUUCCCCUUCCCCAGUAUCAAAAUCCCCUCCACUUCCUCCUCACCGGCCGCCACCUCCGCUGCCGCUUCUUCCUCCGCCUCCACCUCCUCUUCAGCUUCUUCUUCAUCCUCCCUCCGAUUCUCCUCCUCCAAGCCUUUCCUCUUCACCAUUCGAAGCUCUCAGACCGAAGGCCCUCUUCGGAGACCCUCCGCUCCUUCUCUCAGAGACCCCUCCCCGCCCUCUCCCCCUUCCCUGACGCCUCCUCUCAAGCCUACUCCUCCCCCCCAAUCCCCUCCGUCGGAUAAUGUGAUCACAUUGGAGUUUCAGCGGCUCAAGGCUAAGGAGCUUCAGGAGUAUUUUAAGCAGAAGAAGCUUGAUGAAGCUGAUCAGGGACCGUUCUUUGGCUUCAUCGGGAAGAAUGAAAUUUCUAAUGGAAGGUGGGCUAUGUUUGGCUUCGCUGUUGGAUUACUGACUGAGUAUGCAACUGGUUCGAACUUUGUUGAUCAAGUAAAGAUCCUUCUCUCAAAUUUUGGGAUAAUAGAUCUCGAAUGACGCGAUGUACGAGGUCAAUGUUGCUAUAUUUUUCCAUUUUCUGUAAUUUAUGUAUCUACAUCAUGUAAUUCAUCUUAUAGUCUUCAUGAGAGUUUUGUUGUCUGUUACACUUAAUUGCCAUGCAAGUGUGUGUGCUCCUUGCAAUACUUUACUGUUUUUCAGUUAUAUAUAAAAAUCUUCCCCCCAUUUUUAUGAGUCUGUAAUUCUAAUUCAGUUGGAGCAUAUUACCUAUUCAAACCUUGCUAAAAUUCUGUACCUUCAUUUAUUAGAGGUUCCAUUUACAUAAUAAAAACGUUGAAACUAUGAUUCAUUC